AUGGCUCCUUCGCCGCGGCUGCGCAUCUUAUCAGUCGGUAGCAAUGCUAUCUCGGCCUUCAUUUCCUGGAGAUUGCAAGCGACCACCUCUUGCGAUGUGACCCUCGUCUGGAAAUCCAACUUUGACCCCGUGUCGCAAUAUGGCGUUUCAUUCAAAUCGAAAGCAUUUGGAAAUGAACGCUUCAAACCUCGUCAUGUCGUCCGUGCCCCAGAAGAAGCAUCCUCCCGAGAAAAUGCGUACGACUAUGUUAUUCUGUGCGUCAAGGCCUUGCCUGACGUGUACGACCUAGCCGCCGUCAUCGAGUCGGUCGUCACUCCUCAACACACCUGCAUCCUCGUGAAUACCACAAACUCCAUUGGCAUCGAGUCCCAUCUCGAGCAGCGCUUUCCAACAAACGUGAUUUUGUCGCUUGUCUCCGGUGUUGAGAUCUCGCAAAUCGGUGCCAGCGAGUUUGAACACCUCAGCAGCUCCAAGAUUUGGGUCGGUGCAACCAGCAAACAAUCCAACAUUCCCUCAUCAAUACAGAAUGAUAUGGCGUCCGCAUUGGCCAUGACGUUGUCUUCGGGUGGGGUGGACUGCAAGGUCUCGGAUAAUAUCAGGCAAGAGCAGUUUGAACGCAUGAUUGGUCCUAUUGCUUUCCAACCUGCAAGCGUUCUUUUUGAAACCUCCAAUUACGCACAAUUGCUCGAAAAAGUCGGCGUUCGUCAAUUAAUCUCAGGCAUAAUUGAUGAGCUGCUUGACCUUGCCCGAGCCCAUGGCUGCGAGUUCCCGGCUGAUUUCUGUCAGUCCACUAUUGAUAAGAUGGCUGCAGUCGAAGCGCCCAGCACCAUGUACCAGGACUUCCAAGCGCGGCGCCCCAUGGAAGUUGAGACAUUUUUGGGUUCCCCCAUUAAGCUGGCUAUGGAGUCGGAUAUUAAGGUGCCUCGCAUUGAAGCUCUUUACGCCAUGCUUCAUCACAUCAACGCGGCCAAUACGAGUAAACCGCCGACGAAGAACUCACCGCCCCCCGCGGCUACGUCAGGACCACCGCCGCGUAUGUCGUCCGCUCCGCCGCCGCAGAGAGGACCGAUGAAUGGUCCUAUGCGCCCAGGUCCUGCCCGAACUGCUUCUGGUAUAAUGAUGCCACCCCCGAGACGAGGUAUGAUGAGACCACCAGGUGCCCAUCCUCCUCUGCCUCAGGCGCCUCCUGCUGGCCGACUUCCCCGCGAUGCGUCGGUGGAAGGCCUAGAAGAAUUCAGUCAUCUGGUUUUAUACGAUGAUGCUGAAGGCGGUGCGUCUCCACAAGCCGCGCAGAACGGUGACAUGCCUGCUGGUCCCCCUCCCUCUGGUUCCACAGCGGAACUGUCCCUGCGGGAACGCGAACUGGCGCUUCGCCAGCGGGAGCUGCAGGUCCGAGAACAGGAGAUGAGCAUGCGCCGCGGUGGCGGCCGGAGACGGGGACCGUCUCGGCCCGCUCUUGACGAAGAAGACGAGGACGACUAUUUCGACCCCAUGGACACUCUUGGCAUUCCACAGGUUGAUCCCGACAGUGUCGAUAUGAUGAGUCUGACUUCACGAAAGAACCGCAAAGGUCCCUCUGCGAGCCAGUUCCGCAAGAAUCCGGAAGUGAGUCUUAACAACGGCGGCAGUAACAGCCGACCUGCCUCGUCGUUUAGCCGCUACUUUGGCGGUGGUCGGAAGCGCGCGAGCGAACGCAUCAUGCAGGAAAUUCCAGGCCUGCAUGACUCCCUUUUCGAUAACCCCAUGAUGAGCUACUCGUCCAACAGGUAUGGUGCCGUCGACCGGAAUCAGAUGCAGGCGGAUUCGCGCGCCAAUUCGAUGACGACCAGUCGAAUGGGUGAUUUCCCUCCGCACCCCUAUCCUACGAGUCGCCGGAACAGCCAUUCCCCUGCCACGCCCUAUGGUGGUCCCCCCGGGCCCGGGCCACGGAUGGGCCGACCGAUGACGGCUCAAGACCCGCAGAACCUCGGCCCUCCUGGUCAUUCCCACGGCGGUAAUCCCUCUUCUCCCGUCGUGCGAGCACCGGUUCCCAAGCACCCUCCGGGGCAUGGCAACGCGGUAGGACCGCAGCAAGUUGAGCAACAUUAUGGGGUGAGCAACAACCAAAUUCCCGCCAAGCGCGCCCCAAAACAUAGAAGUCUGACCGGAAGUGCGAGCGCCAGCGCGAAGAGUGGUGAUAGUGCGGCCAGUGCGAAUCUGGAGUCCGAGAACUCGGCCCACAGCAGCCAGAUCAGUCUUGGUGCUCAGCAAGCCACGGCGCCGGUGCGAUAG